UUAAAGUUUUUUUUCUAGCUAUGGAUAAUCUAUUCGUUUUAGCGGAAAUCGUGGUUUAAGGCCAGAAAAGGGUUCAAGAAAAGCGGAAAAUUUCAUUCUUCUCGAAAAAAAAAUGAAGCAAAAAGUAUUAUAGGUGAUUCCUAAAAGAAAAUUUCCAUUCUUAAAAACUUUUUCUCAAGUAACUUUGGUCUUAAGUUGUUUGGGACAGUUUUUUUUUAAAUCUUUGUUAUGGUCUCUCGCCCUAAGCACUAGUUUGCAAAGGGCAAAAUAAAAUUUUAUUCUAUUCUUUUUUUAUGAGUCUCUCGAUCUACCGGAGCUGAAAAAGCUAUAUUAGUUGCCUUAAACCGCACAUAAAUGUUCACAUGAACCUUGAUGCUUAAUUGUGGUUAAUUGUAGACUGUUUGUCUGAAAAAAAACCUUUAAGGUUCUUCCUAAAUAUAAAUAUAUUCUUUUUGCAAGAUCAUAAAAAUGUAAUUAAUAGUAAAAAAAAUCUUAUUUUGCAUUUUCUUUUAAAUCUGAGCAUGAAAUUGAUAGGGCUUUAAGAAAAUUAACAGUACACAUAGUUAUACUUAACCCUGGUAUGCCUAGGAAUUUUUUAAAGGAGUUUACUCGUUUUGUUUGCGAAGUUUUAUUUCAAAAUUUUAUAGGAAAUUUAAAUCGAACUCUUCUUUUACCCAAAUCCAAAAACUUUUUAUGCCAUUGUUAUGCAUUCUACAAAGUAAAAUUGCUAAGCGGAAUGACUAUAGCAAAAUUAAAAAACUUGAGUUAAUAUCUACGUAAGUAUAAAAAUAAAAAUAUUUCCUCUUUAAUUACGUAUGAUGUUGUUUAACAUAAGUGGUUUAAGAAAAACUUAAUCUAGGCUAUCCGCUAGUUUCUUUUAGUGGUUUUUCAGUAGUCUAAUAGCAAAAACUUAAACACCUUUGAAAUACAAAUAAAAGUUGGAAGCAAGAGGCAUUAAAUUUGACUUGAAUGUACAUUUUAUACAAAAAUAUGUAUAUUACUGUUUAAAACUUUGACCCGAACAGCCUUAUUAAUGGUUCUUCAAAUUCCAGGUGUACUUACAUUCGACAAAAAAAAAACAUUAGCGGCCAUUCUAAUUUUUUAUGUAUUUGGAGUAAAAAAUACAAUAAUGACGUCAUUUUUUGGACUUUUGGCCAUAUUUUUAUCGAUUAUAUCCAGCUAAUCUCUUUGGAAAUUUCUUAUUACUUUUUUUUAUGCUCUACAUAUGCACAGGAUUAUGCUAGUUCCGAUUGGAUUCUCGAAUGAUUAAUUUUCCCUAUGAUGUGAGUAAACUCCUUUUUGGUCUAAAGAUAUCGAAGAAAAAAGUUUAAACUUUAAAUUAUUUAGUUCACAUUUAAAUCCCUCAUCUCGUUCUUGUGUACACGACUACCUUUCUCCAAUGUCUUUGAGUAAAAUCAAUUAUGUACCUCUCACGGUGCCUAAUCGUGCAUUCUUAUGUGGAGCUUUCAAGACAAAUUAGCAACUUUUAAAGAUUAUGUGCUCGUGAAAGAAUAAAUCUUACCACUCUAAUUUUUCUCUCUAUGUAUGAUUUUUUUCGGCGCGAUUAUUGAGCUGUUUUUUGAAGAUAGGUGUAUACCUUCUUUACUGUAAGUGAGAGAGUCAUGCCGAGAAAAUCAGAGUGAUAGAUUGAUUGGUAAUAUACUGCAAAGAAUCUCAACAAUGGCAUUAAAAUUUCUGCAAAAUAUUUUCUCUGCGCCUUUCGAUUUUAAAUUAUUUGUGCCAUGGAGAAAAAUCACUCACUGCUGGCCCCCUGAAUUAAUAAAUUUCUUCUCAAAAUCUCUACAUAUUUACAUACAAAUUAUUAUGUAGAGAAUUAAUUUGUAAAAUACGGGCGUGUCUUGUGAGAAAUUUCUAUCGAUUAAUAACACUCAAUGGAUAAAUUCUAUUUUGAGCGAAUAACGUUGAUAUUUAUAUAAUAAUUUCACACGGCGAUUUAGGUAAAUCUUAAUGGCUUCAUGUUGGUAAUAUUCAUUCACUGCGACUGAAUGGACAAUGGUUUAAUGUUGUACGACAACAUAAUGUAAAUUUAAUGUAUGGGCAAACCAUUGAAUGCAUUUAGGAAGUGCAAAGGGGAAAGUUAUUUGAGUUAGUUGAUAAAACAUAACAAAUCUUCUCCUUCUCAAAAAAAUGUUGACUUUAUCUGAUCUAAUGAGUCAAUGUACAAACAAUUCAUAUUGUUGCUGCACCUUGGACCACGCGCACAAACAUAGCAUAUACGCCACAUGUGAUUUGUGAAUGGGACAAGAAAGUUUUUCGUAUAUGGGGAAUUUAAAAUGAGAAAACAUUCCAUAUGUUGAGGCAUCUCUCUGGGAGUAGCAAACGGGAGAGAAAAGCAUUUUAGAAGUAUUCUAGACGUGCUAGAGUGUAGAACGCUGCUUUUGAUGGAGCAUCAUCAGUUAAAGUUUCAUCAUUUUUGGUGGCUCAUUGUUCUUGUGUGCCACUGUGAAGUCACAUUUGGCGCAACAAGAGCCCCAAGUUGGUUCUACCAUCGUUUCUAUCAACACUACCAGCGACACAUUAGCGAUUGGUGGGAGACCAACAAAGAGAUUCAGAUUCUUCAGGAAUACUUGAGGAUUCCCAGUGUGCAUCCUGACCCAGAUUAUGGACCUUGCGUUGAAUUUCUACAACGUCAGGCGGAUUCACUGAAUCUUCCUCUUAUUGUACAUCAUCCCAGCUUACCAAAUAAACCCAUUGUGAUCAUAACGUGGCAGGGAACGAAUCCCGAAUUACCAACAAUUCUCCUCAACUCCCACAUGGAUGUUGUUCCGGUUUAUCCUGAAAGUUGGUCUCAUCCACCUUUUGGUGCUGAAAUUGAUGCACAAGGAAGGAUUUUUGCUCGUGGUUCACAGGAUACAAAGGGUCAAGGGACGGCCUAUCUGGGUGCAGUUAGACAACUCCAGGAUGAAGGUUUCCAACCCAAAAGAACACUGCACAUCAUGUAUGUUCCCGAUGAGGAGAUCGGAGCUGAUCAUGGGAUGAAGGCUUUUGUUGAGACUCAAGAAUUUCGGGAUCUCAACAUUGGUUUUGCAAUUGAUGAAGGAGCCACGGCUCCCUUUGAAAGUUUAUUUGUAUUUAAUGCCGAAAAAACAAGAUGGGCCCCAAUUUUUAAGGCAAAAGGUAAUCCAGGACAUGGAGCUAUACUUGCGGAAAAAACAUCUGGAGAGGGAUUCAGUCGACUCAUUGCAAAGAUAAUGAAUUAUCGCCAAAUGCAAAUGGCAAAAUUGCAAAAUGGUGUCCCGUGGGGCAAUGUAACGUCGAUAAAUCUCACAAAGGUCCAAGGAGGAAUUCAGACGAAUGUUAUCCCCGAGGAACUUUCGGCCUUCUUUGACAUACGUCUAGCCCUUGAUGAGGACCAAGAUGCCUACCUUGAGAUGCUAAAGGGUUUCAUUGAGGAAGCUGGAGGAAAUAUUGAGCUAACAUUUGAAGUAAAAGAUAAUCCGUCACCACCAACAAUCCUCGAUGAUUCAGACCCAUUCUGGGUUACCUUCAAGGAUACAAUGACUGAAUUGGCAUCCUCGUUGGACCUUCAAAUAAUGCCUGGAGUAACUGACAUGAGAUUCGUCCGUCCAAAGGGAGUUCGUGCAAUUGGAUUCAAUCCCAUGAAUCAUACCCCAAUACGUUUUCAUGCUCACAACGAAUUUAUUUAUGCCAACCAAUACAUGCAGGCCAUUAAGAAUUUUGCUAGAAUCAUUGAGAAACUCACUGGAGUUUAGAACUUAAUUUUAAUAUUGAUUUGUGAUGGUUAUUUUUAGAAUAUGUAGACAUAAAAUGGAAUGAAUUUGUGGGAUUAGGUGGAUAUUAUUGAUAAAAUACGAACGGAAGUCAUUGAGAAACCUCAUUAGAUGAUAAGAUACGAUUUUCAUCUUUAGAAAGAAAAUUGUCCAAAGAAAAUGUCGUGCAAUAAACUUUUACUAAUUUCAAA